AUAGAACUAGGCUAUGCUGGCAGAUCAAAAUCAAAUCAAGCUUUCUUCACAGGGAAAACGGAUCUUCUUCUCACUGAGACACUGAUUGAUUUCCGUCAAAUUAGCAAUGGCUAAAUCUAAUACUCAGAGAUUGAAAUAUGUUGAAGAAGAGUGGAGAUCGAUCGUCCCUAAGAAAGACGUCUCUCUCCCAGACUUCCCUUCCGACUUCGUCUUCGGCACUGCCACUUCUGCUUACCAGGUUGAAGGGGCCUGGAAUGAGGGUGGAAGAGGUCCUAGCAUCUGGGAUAGCUUUUGCAAUGUUAAAGGAAACAUUAUUGAUGGAAGUAAUGGAAAUGUUGCAGUUGAUCAAUAUCAUCGAUUUCAGGAAGAUGUUGAUCUCAUAGCUAAGAUGGGAUUUGGUGCAUAUCGUUUUUCAAUAUCAUGGUCUCGCAUAUUUCCUGAUGGCUUAGGUACAAAUGUGAAUGAAGAAGGGAUCGCUUAUUACAACGAUCUCAUUAAUGCUCUUCUAGAAAAAAGCAUUCAACCUUUUGUGACAUUAUACCACUGGGAUCUUCCUUUAAAUCUUGAUCAGUCAAUCGGAGGGUGGCUGGAUGAGAGAGUCAUAAAAUACUUUUCCAUCUAUGCAGAAACUUGCUUUUCCAGAUUUGGUGAUAGAGUGAAACAUUGGAUGACCCUUAAUGAGCCUCUCCAAACUGCAAUAAAUGGGUACUGUAUUGGAAUAUUUGCUCCUGGACAGUCUAAAAAUGCAACAACAGAACCAUAUUUGGUUGCCCACAACCAGCUUUUGGCCCAUGCUGCAGCUGUUAACAUUUACAGAGAAAAAUAUCAGAUGAAGCAAGGAGGCCAUAUAGGUUUGGCGGUUGAUUGUGAAUGGGCAGAGCCUCUAUCAGACAGUAUGGAGGAUAAAAUUGCUGCACAGAGACGUCUUGACUUUCAUCUUGGAUGGUUUCUGGACCCAAUUUUUCAUGGAGACUAUCCUAAAUCUAUGCGUGACCAGCUUGGAGAUAGGCUUCCAACGUUCUCAGAGAAAGAGAAAGAGCUUCUUAGGAUGACAGUGGACUUUGUUGGUCUUAAUCACUACACCUCAAGAUUUAUUGCACAUUCAACAGCUACCUCUGAGAAUCCAAAUUAUGAGGAACAACAGAUGGAGAGAAUAGCUGAGUGGGAAAGUGGGGAAGUUAUUGGCCAGAAGGCAGCAUCACCAUGGCUUUAUGUGGUACCUUGGGGUAUUCGUAAAGUGCUCAAUUACAUAGCCGAACGAUACAACAAUCCCCAGAUAUAUGUUACUGAGAAUGGAAUGGAUGAUGAAGACAACAGUGAUGCGUCUCUUAACGAUAUGCUAGAUGACAAGAUGAGAGUUGAGUAUUACAAGGGCUAUCUCACUUCCGUUGCUCUAGCAAUUAAAGAUGGGGCAAAUGUGAAGGGGUACUUUGCGUGGUCAUUAGUGGACAAUUUUGAGUGGGGUAAUGGCUACACCAAGCGUUUUGGGUUGAUUUAUAUUGACUACAAAAACAGGCUGAAUCGUCACAUGAAAUCUUCAGCUUAUUGGUGGUUGAGAUUCUUGAAAGGGGAACAGCUCAAAAAUGGAAAAGAAGAGUAGUAAAGAAAUAUGUGGUCUUGAAUAAAUGUAAUAUGGUUCUCUCAUCACAGAAACUCCCCAGACUAAUAAUAAUAAUAGCGAGAUCUUAUGAAUGAAUGAUGAUAUUAUUGCUACUUUACCACCCAGAUCAGUUGAAUAAUUUUACAACUCUCAUAUAUCAAUUGAGUACCUCUUUUCAUUUCCUCUA